AUGAAUUAUACAAAUCUUCUCCAUCUUUGUAUUGCUACUGUUAUUCUUAGUAUUAGCAUCAACUAUUCAGUAGCAAGUGUUACCUGUAGUGCUACAACAGAUGCAUGUACUCCGGCUUCAACAUCGAACUUAACUUGCAGUGGAACAGGUAAAAUUUAUGUAAUUCCAGACGAAUGUAUGGAUGACGGUGGUAUUGAUGCUGCUGGUGAUUCACUUGAAGUCUACUGUGUUUGUAAUCGAGCUCGAUUUUGUCUCUCGGGUGAAGCAUGUCCAUGGCGAAACACAACAAGUAAUACAGUUGAUAAUGGACGAACCUGUUCUCGAGCUGGUCUUACCACAUCCUAUAUGGCCAAUGCCUGGUGCAAACCAUGGAAUAAUCAUACAAACUAUAACUGUUGUUAUGAUGGUUUCAUUGGAUUUUGA